AUGGGGUACAAGCACUGGGAGAUCUCUAUCCAGUACAGGUGGAUGGGACUAUGGUCUCUACCUGUAAUCCUCCUGCGACUAAUAGAGCUCCAGGGAGAUGGGACAGUGGGCACGCAUCGCCAGGUAUAUGCUUUAGUAGAUGCAGAGGUCUGCUUGCUGGAUGAAACCCAACACCUUGACAUUGGCAUAAAGCAAAAGCAAUGGCUCAUGUCCGAGGCUCUAGUGAACAACCCCAAAAUAGAAAUUACUGAUGGGAAAUAUUAUUUCAAGCCCACGUACAACUUGAAAGACAAAAAGGCUCUAUUGAGGCUACUGGAUAAACACGACCAAAGAGGACUGGGGGGCAUUUUGUUAGAUGACAUAGAGGAAGGACUUCCUAAUGCACAGAAAGCCAUUAAGGCACUGGGGGACCAGAUUGUGUUUGUAACACGACCAGACAAAAAGAAGAUCCUUAUCUACAAUGACAAAAGCUGCCAAUUCUCUGUAGAUGAAGAAUUUCAGAAGUUGUGGCGGAGUGUCCCAGUGGAUUCUAUGGAUGAUGAAAAGAUUGAGGAAUACCUCAAAAUACAGGGAAUUGCCUCCAUGCAAGAGUCCGGACCAAAGAAAGUUAUCCCAGUUCAGAAGCGGAAGAAAUCAAACUCGCAGAAGAGAAGGUUUAAGACUCACAAUGACCACUUGGCUUGUGUGCUCAAAGACUACACAGAUGUUACUCCUGGCAAACCAUAAUCAUAUAAUUAGGACCGAGGAUGUUUACAGAGGAUUUUUACCAUAGAGUUUCCUUAGAACACUUAAUGCCUCAGCCUUAAUAUGUCUUCUUAGCCUUCCAAAACUUAAUACCAACUGUGUUUACUCCUUGGGGUUUCACUGAAGCUAUCUGAUUAUUGACCAUAAUCAAUUUUUGGCAAAGUAUUAAAGCAAAAAGUGUAUAAUUCGUUAAA